AGAGGUGUGAGCCGCUGCGUUGUCACAGUCAAGGGGAAUUGGAGCCAGGCGCCGAUCCACAGCGAUAUUGGAGACAUUCAGAGCCACAGGCACCAACCAUGUCCGACUGUGAUGAUGUCCGACCUGUUCCACACAGGAGCAAAGUGUGCCGGCGUCUCUUCGGUCCCGUGGACAGUGAACAGUUGCGCCGUGAUUGCGAUGCGCUCAUGGCGGGCUGUCUCCAGGAGGCCCGAGAACGGUGGAACUUUGACUUCGUCACCGAGACGCCGCUGGAGGGCAACUUUGUCUGGGAGCCUGUUCGGAGCCUAGGCCUGCCCAAGAUCUACCAGAGCCCUGGGUCCCGCGGCCGUGAUGACCUGGGAGGGGACAAGAGGCCCAGUACCUCCUCUGCCCUGCUGCAGGGGCCAGCUCCGGAGGACCACGUGGCCUUGUCGCUGUCUUGCACUCUGGUGUCCCACGCCCCUGAGCGGCCUGAAGACUCCCCGGGUGGGUCCGGAACAUCCCAGGGCCGGAAACGGAGGCAGACCAGCCUGACAGAUUUCUAUCACUCCAAGCGCAGAUUGGUCUUCUGCAAGAGAAAGCCCUGAAGUGCCCCACGGGAGCCUAGCCCUCUUCUGCUGUGGGUCAGGAGGCCUCUUCCCCGUCUUCUACCUUAGCCCUUAUUCUGUGUGUCUUAAUUAUUAUUUGUGUUUAAUUUAAACUUCUCCUGUAUAUACUCUGCUUGCCCUCUCCCAGUCUCCAAACUUAGAGUUAUUUAAAAAAAUAAACAAACCUAAAUUAGUAGGAUGGUGGGCCCCCCCUUAGUGCUGGGGACUUUUAUUAUGUAGACUAUUAUUUAAGCCCUUCUUAACCCAACCUCUGUGUUUCCUAUCCUGGAGGGAAGGUCACACUGUCUUCGUGCAUCCAUCUCCCCCAACAUGCCCCCUCCACUCCCUGCCUGGUUCCUUGCCACUUCUUACCUGGGGGUGAUCCUCAGACCUGAAUAGCACUUUGGACAACUGAGUAGGAAUUCGGGGUCUCCUUGUCAUCUCUAAAGCCAGCUAGGAUGACAGUGAAGCAGUCACAGCCUAGACCAGGGAUGCCUGGUUAGGACCCAAUGGUAAUAUCCUGACCCUUGACAUUUGCUCGGACCCAUGAAGAUGAGAAUGGUCCCUACUCUGGGUUCCCUCUGCCACUUCUGGGGAGCCCACCUGCCCUGUGGGUCUCUGCCAGCUGCCCCUCUAGUUUUGAGGGUGAAUCUGGUGAUCUGCUGCUCUCCUCCCAUAUCCCUCCCUCCCCAGGUCGGCAGGAGGCAUCUCUAGGCACUUGCCCCAUGGCUCAGUGGACCGGAAGGGAGCGGGGUACACAGGGUACACUAAGUGGGGUUCCCUGGUACUACCUCUGGCAGCUCCAGUGGCAACUAUUCUCCUUGUAGGUCUAGGGUGGGUCCUUGGUAGUGAGACAGGCCUCCCAGAGCAUCCCUGUGUGUAUGGUGGGAGGGGUGGGCUUGUCUGGGAUGUGGUCCCCAGCUGGGGUCUUCGGUGACUUCUCCCAUUUCUUAGUAGCAGUUGUACAAGGAGCCAGGCCAAGAUGGUGCCUGGGGGGUAAGGGAGUUAACGGAGCUAACGGGACACUGAGUGGUGGCUGAUCCUUUCCCAGUGUUGAAAACUGAGCCCCUGUGGGUGUUGAAGCACUUAGUGGGUCUAACCCCAAUCCCAAACGCCCCUGUUUCUGUAACAUCCUGGUCUGGACUGUUUACCCUCAGACCCAGCCCCAAGAACAUGUAUUUUGGCUCCCUCUCUGUCUCCACUCAGAUUGUAAACCUCUCACUAGCAGGGACCACACCCUGCAUUGUCCCAAGUCUUCACACCCUACCCCAAAGCUGGUGCUCAAUAAACACUUGGAGAUGAUU